CUAACAUAUAUUCACACACCAAACUUUCAUUUCUUUUGUUUUGUGUCCUGAAAACACUUUCCCCUUUUUUAUUCCAUAUUAUUAUGUUCCUGAAAAAGAGAAAGAAGAAGAAGAAGAAAUAGUAAAGAGAUGGUGGUGCUGCGGAAAGUAGGAAAGUAUGAAGUAGGAAGAACAAUCGGAGAAGGAACAUUUGCAAAAGUGAAAUUUGCUCAGAAUACUGAAACUGGUGAAAGUGUUGCCAUGAAAUUACUUGAUCGUUCCACUAUUAUCAAACAUAAGAUGGUUGAUCAGAUCAAAAGAGAGAUAUCCAUAAUGAAGUUGGUUAGACAUCCCAACGUUGUUCGGCUGCACGAGGUACUGGCCAGCCGUACAAAAAUUUACAUAAUUUUGGAAUUUAUCACAGGUGGUGAGCUAUUUGAUAAAAUUGUCCACAAUGGACGGCUCAGUGAAGCAGAAUCUCGAAGAUUCUUUCAGCAACUAAUUGAUGGUGUAGAGUAUUGCCACAGUAAAGGGGUAUACCACAGAGAUCUGAAGCCUGAAAAUCUUUUGCUGGAUUCCCAAGGAAAUCUAAAAAUUUCGGAUUUUGGACUCAGUGCAUUGCCUGCAGAGGGUGUCAGCAUCCUUCGAACAACUUGUGGGACUCCUAACUAUGUUGCACCCGAGGUACUCAGUCACAAAGGUUACAAUGGUGCAUUGGCUGAUGUAUGGUCGUGUGGUGUCAUCCUAUAUGUGUUAAUGGCUGGAUACCUCCCAUUUGAUGAAAUGGAUCUAACGACAUUGUAUAACAAGAUUGAUAAAGCUGACUUUUCAUGCCCAACAUGGUUUCCAGUAGGAGCAAAAUCAUUAAUUAAUCGAAUAUUAGAUCCAAAUCCCGAUACACGAAUUUGUAUUGAAGAAAUAAAGAAUGAUGAAUGGUUCAAAAAGAAUUACGUUCCUGCUAGACUUUGUGAGUAUGAAGACGUUAAUCUUGAUGAUGUAAACGCUGUUUUUGAUGACUCUGAGGAAGAACGGGCUGAUGAACAACAAACAGAUGAAGACACAGGUCCUUUAUCAGUAAAUGCAUUCGAUAUGAUAAUUCUAUCUCAAGGCCUGAACCUGUCUUCGAUGUUUGACCGUGGUCAGGACUCUGUGAAGCACAUAACUCGUUUUGUUUCUCAAAAACCGGCAAAGAUUGUUUUAUCAAGUAUGGAAGUUGUUUCUCAGUCGAUGGGUUUCAAGACACACAUUCGUAACUACAAGAUGAGAGUAGAAGGGCUGUCUGCUACUAAGAAGUCCCAUUUCUCAGUUAUUUUGGAAGUUUUUCAAGUUACCUCCAAUUUUGUCAUGGUUGACAUUCAGAAAGCAGCUGGAGAUGGUGAUGAGUACCUUAAGUUCUAUAAGAAUUUCUGCAACAAUCUUGAGGAUAUCAUCUGGAAACCACCUAAUGAACAUCAGGGAAAAUCCAAGAUUACAAAAACAAAGAGCAAACGACGUUAAUGGCCAAGACUUUUAACCCCCUCCUACCUCCAAAAGAACAGAAGAAUGUCAAUCUGAAGUUGAUGAGCGUUAGUUGACUGAAUUCCGUAGGUGUAUAAACCCGAGAGUACAGGUUUAAUGUUUGGUGUUAAUGUGUUUUUUAGACCCUAUUGUGUAUGUAGAAAGCAUUGUAAUGAACGGAUGAUAUAUAUUUGUUUUGUUUGAAGAACCCAAAAAUGAUAUGAUUUCAAAGGAUGAGCCCACCAUCUAAUCUCCA